AUGUCAGACAAACAAAAAAUUCGUAAAUUAACCAAUGGACUUAAAUUGUCAUUAUACCAAGAAGCUAUUAAAGAAACUUACUCAACAUCAUUCGAUUUUUUGAUAAAGGUACAACAACUGGAAAAUAUUCAGAAGUUGAUCGAAUUACGACAAAAUCAAACAGCCCAAGUAUCAACCAUAACAAAGAGCGACGACAAAUUAUCAUUAUCAUCACAGGUACAUUCUUAUCAAUUAUCGAGUCGACAAUCGAACAAUUAUCCGACAAAAUCGACAUAUUAUUCUUCAUCGACACAAAAUGAUUAUCCAUAUCCAACGCAACAAUCGUUUUCACCAACAUCAAACCAAUAUUCACCAUAUGAACACUCUGAAUUUAAUCAGAAUCAACAAUAUCCAAUAUCACAGUUCUCUCAAUCGCAACACAUGUACAGUCAACCACACUCAUAUUUACACCAUCAACAUCAUUCGUCAGGAAAAUCAAACAUUUAUUGUUAUAAUUGUGGUCAACCUGAGGUGCCGGAUGGUGGUUCCUCUGAAUCAAUAAUAAAUCCAUCACCAUUAUCAUUUAUCACAGUUCCGGUAAAUGGUAAUCGAUUACAAUGUCUUUUAGAUACAGGAGCUAGUAAUACAUUUAUUCAUACAUCAACAUUAUCCCAUAUCAGACACAAUCCAAUUAAGCGAACCAAAGGUAAGUAUACACUGGCAGAUGGAAAUACCACAGUCGAUAUCGAUGGAGAAGUCGAAAUUUAUAUUCAAAUAGGACACAUUAGAACGAAAAUUACUGCAUUUAUAUCAAAAUCUUUAUCAACAUCAUGUAUAUUAGGUCAAGAUUGGAUGAGAAAGUAUGCAGUCGAUAUUUGUCAAUCAAGUAAAUUAAUUAUCAUAUACACAGCAAGAUCAUCAGCUAUUAUAUCGAUGGACGAUAAUAUGGACAAACAUAAUUUUAACUUAAAGUUAGCUAAUACCAUAGUAUUAAAACCACAACAUGAAACAAUUGUUCGACUUAAAUCACCUAUUUCUUCUUCUUCGAAUAUUAUCUUUCAUCCUAAUCGUAACAUCCAAUAUCAAAAACUUAUUGCCAUUCCGAAUGCUUUAUUAACUAUACAAAAUUAUGAAACAUAUAUUACAAUCGCUAAUCCGACAAAUAAAAUAUGCCGAAUACCUAUUCAUACUAAUAUUGGUUAUUUUACUGUACAACCUUUAGAUAUUCGUUGUUAUACAAUCAAUUCAUGUUUAGAUAAUGAUCAACGGUCGUCAAAUGACCGACAACCCGAAGUUGCUAAACAUGAUUCAAUAGAAGCUAUUUUUGAUCAACUGUUAGAUCACAUUCAAGAUCAACAUGAAAAAUCCGAAAUUCAUCAAUUGUUAAUUAAAUAUAAAAAGAUUUUCGAUACAUCAACACACUCGAUCGCUAAAAUUUCUUCUCCACCGAUGAUAAACACUGGUUUAAAUCUUCCAAUCCAUUCACGUGUUUAUCGUACCGAUCCAAUCAAACAACAACAUAUUUCGACAAUUAUCAAUGAUAUGUUAAAAUCUGGACAAAUU